AUGUGCAGUGGGUUCCUCUGGAAAUGCUCUCCUAAUUCUGCACGAGGUGCUAAGGUUUCAUGGGACAUUGUUUGCUCUUCUAAGGAGACUGGAGCAGAUUCUCUUUGGAUUUCUUGGAUGAGGAUCAAUGUGAUUCGUAACAGGAACUUUUGGGAUCUAAAUCCGGUCUCUCAUGGUAGCUGGAUUUGGAGUAAAUUAUGUAAGCUUAGAGAUAUUGUGAGACCCUUCAUCAUUUGUGAAGUUGGCUCAGAGGUCACGGCUAGCUUUUGGCAUGACAACUGGACUGUUUUGAGACCAUUAUUACUUUUGGUGGGGCCAAAUGCUCCUCAAAUCAUAGGCUUUCCGGUCAAUGCUGUGGUUCGAGAUGCCAUUAGAGGUCGUCAAUGGUGGAUCACUUCCACUAGAAGUAGGAAUCCUGUGAUGGUUGAGAUGUUGAUUGACUGCCAGCAUGAUGAUGUCUAUCUUUGGAAACCCGACCAUCAUGCUCCUUCAAACAUCUUCUCCACUUUUUUAACCUGGCAACUUCUCCAUCUGGAUGGUCCUUCUGUUCCUUGGCAUGAUGCUGUCUGGUUUAAACACCAAAUCCCAGAACACACUUUCACUUGUUGGGUUACUGCUAAGAAGAGGCUCUAUAUUCGGGAUAGACUUCAUAGAUGGGGUAUUCAGGUCCCUUUAUCUUGUCUCUUAUGA